AUGGCUAGUUCAUUAAUUCGGCAAUUUGCUCGGCCUAUUUUAGCAACGAGCAAAGGUUUGGUUUCUGCAGUUGGACAUCGAAACAUACCUGCAAGUUUAGUAUUUCUCCAUCGCACUCAAGCUACGACACCACCACAACCAACACCAAAUGUCCCUGCACCGAAUCUUAUCCGUGUCAAUGUCGAACAACGUAAAGCUUUAGUUGAUUUUGGUCAAUAUGUUUCGGAAUGUCUACCACGUUUUGUGCAACAUGUACAAAUAACAUCAACAAAUGAACUCGAAGUAUUGAUUCAUCCAGAUGGAGUAUUUCCUGUUAUGGCUUUUCUAAAAGAUCAUACCAAUGCUCAGUUUAGUUCAUUAGUGGAUAUUACUGCAAUUGAUGUGCCCACAAGAGUUUAUCGAUUUGAGAUUGUCUACAAUUUACUCUCACUUCGUUAUAAUUCCCGUGUUCGCAUCAAAACAUAUACCGAUGAAUUAACACCCAUAGCAAGUAUAACUGAUAUUUAUGAUGCAGCCAAUUGGUUGGAAAGAGAGGUUUGGGAUAUGUAUGGAGUUUACUUCACCAAUCAUCCAGAUCUUCGUCGUAUUUUAACUGAUUAUGGUUUUGAAGGUCAUCCAAUGCGUAAAGAUUUUCCGCUUCCUGGUUAUACAGAGGUUCGUUAUGAUGAAGAACAAAAACGUGUUGUUAUUGAACCUAUUGAAUUAUCGCAAGACUAUCGUAAAUUUGAUUUAAAUACACCAUGGGAAACAUUCCCAAAAUUUCGUAAUACAGUUCAUGAUGACACUAAAAAACGUCAAGAAGCUGAAGCUUCUCAAAAACCAACGGGUACUGGUAGUGAAAAUAAAAAAUAA